GCUUGUGGAGUCAAAGUGGACAAUUUUUAACAUUUUGAAACGGUUUAUAAAAAAAAGAUUACUUUUGAAUUGAUGGCCAAGGAUACGGAGCUCGAAAUGAUUUGUCGAAAUAGUUCACCCGUUACACAGACCACUGAAGAUCCCUUUCCGCAAAGGAAAAAUAAAAUUGUAUACCAUCCAACAGUGAAACAGUGGAUGUCUUUAUUGUCAGGUGCACUAAUUUUCAUUCCCGGCGGCAUGAGUAUGGCCUUUGGACUCGGCUGGAAUCUGCACACCCACAUACAGACCACCAUGCAGUUACGUUACUCCUGGUUCGUGGGCUUUAUAAUUGGCGCACUGCUGGCAGCGCCGCUAAUAAAAAGCGUGCCGAAGCGCCUCUUUGUGUUGCUUGGCGCCUUUCUGGUCAUCAUUGGCGGUAUCAUCUUCACCAGCGUACCGUACAACUACAACGCCGUACUGGCAGCGCGCUACAUUAACGGCAUCGCAAUCGGCAGCACGACGCUGGCAUUUCUGGUGCACGCCAGCGAAAUAGCGGCCACCGAGAAUCGCGGCUUCUGCUUGUGGCUGGAGCAGAACAGCAUGACAAUUGGCAUAGUCAUACAAGUCGUCUACACAUCACAAUGGACGUCGCCCGUGUACUUCGCCGCCGAUCGCUUGCACGGCAUAUUUGCCAUAAUUUUCGGCGUGCUCGCCAUUUGCUUGGCGCAUUUCAUCGUCGAGUCGCCGAUCUUCUUCAUACGACAAUGUGAUGAUGCGCGCGCGCUCAAUUGCUUGCGACAGCUGCAACGGCCCGAGUAUGCCGCACCGCAGAUGCUGCAAGUACUGUUGCAUCAGCUGAAGACCUAUGUGGUGGAGACGGAGACGGUGGAGUGGCGCGAUACGCUGGUGCAUAGUCCGUUGCUGCGUUUGAUGCUGUAUCGCAGCAUGGUCGCAUUCGGCUUCUCGCUGCCCAUGAACGAGGCGAUGAAGGUGGCCAAUUUGAUGGUGUUGCGUGAUUAUGAAUGGCAGCCCAUAGUGUUUGUCAUACUACGCGUUGGCGGCACCUUCUCAUCGCUGUAUAUGUUCGAUGUGACCGGCCGAAAGUUGGUGUCGUUGGUGGCGCUGCUGCUCACCGCGGUGCUGUCGAUCGCUAUUGGUUGCGAGUAUGUGGAUGAGUUGAGCGUGGUGAGCGAAUACCACAUGUCUUUCAUAUGUGUGCUUUCGCAACUUUUUCAAUUCUUUGCGGGUCUGUAUGCGCCGAGUUCGUCAGUGUAUUUGAGCGAAGCGUUUCCGAUGUCACUUAAGCCGUACUUCAUAGCUGCUUGUCUGACGUUGCAGCAAGUGAUCCAUAUUAUUGUCAUUUGCACUUUCCACUUCAACACCUACUCGAUGUAUGUGUAUGCGCUCUUUGUGGGCAUAUUGAUGUUGAUCCUGUUUGUGGUCUUUGCUGUGACCAUGCCGGAGACGCGCAAGACGACGUUGGGUGAGGCGCAGUUGCGCUUUAGAAAACUGUUACAUUUGAAGUGCUGUUAAAUGCAAAGAACGGUAUAUGGAAAGUUCAUUUAACAUAGAAUAUAAACGGAACUAUAGUAAUGAUCUUAUGAGGCUGUUCGACUAAUUUAAUGAUGCUAAAUCGACGUGGAAGAAAUUUUGAGAAAUACGAACAUUUUAAUUAGAAUUAAUAUUCCAAUCAACCAACUUACUAUAAAUUUUUUUCAUGAUGAAUCCCUUUAAUACAGCAGUUCCCUUGCUCUAUAUUAAAUUACUCUGUUUAGUGUAAACCAUGGUUUUACCCGAACAAGAGUCACAAAAGUUUAUACAAAUGUUUUAGUGAAUUAUUAACAGAAUUUAGACGUUUGCUGUGCUACAUUAUUCAAGCGCAGUAUUCAAUUUUGACCUAUUUUUACAUAUUACUCUGUGCUAUUUGAUUGGCCAUAGUUCAGAGAUUAAUGUCCUAAACUCCGUAAAUGUUGAUAUUAACAACAAUAGUUCGUUAAUAAGUUUCUAUUCGUCUUCUUAUAUACCUUCAUAUUCACUCUUAUUAAUAAUCAAUUGAAUUUUGCGAACUUGAAAGUCUAACCUAGCAAUGAAUAAACAGUUAUUUCCAUUACAAUUCAGUUCAACUGUAAUUUUCGAAUUUCGUUAAAUUGCUGUUAACUGCUUAUGUAACAACCAAUUCAACUGAAUUUGAGAGCUAGCAGUAAUUUUUCUAUAUUAUGACAUACGAGUGUAACUCGAUCAGAUAACCAUAGCGCCCACAGAGUGGAGCUACUUUAGCUUUGAACAUGUUUUUAUGGAAUAUUGUGUGGCAACUGGGCAAACGUCCAGUGCAUUUCCAUUACUAUAUUUACUUAUUUUCUGUUUGUAGUUCUGUUUUUUUAUAUUUUUCUGUUUUUGUUUUAGUUUAAG